AAAUCCAAUCAGCAAACAUGGCUUUCAAAUUCAUCGCAUUCGCCGCCCUCAUCGCAGUAGCCCGUGCUGGUGUACUCCCAGCUUACUCUGCUCCAUUGGCUUAUGCCGCCCCAGUUGCUAAGGUGGCGUACUCUGCUGCCCCAGCUGUGUCAUACUCCAGUGUAUCAGCUCCAGUCGCCACCUAUGCCGCUGCUCCAGCAUACGCCAAAUUAGCUGCCCCCGCUCUCGCUUAUGCCGCCCCAGCUCAUUCAUACGCUGCCCCAGCUCUCUCCUACGCUGCCCCAGCUCUUAAAGUAGCUGCCCCAGUCGCUUAUGCUGCACCAAUCGCCAAGACCAUCGUCGCUGAGGCUCCAGCCAACUACAACUUCGGCUAUUCCGUCAAUGACCCCCACACCGGAGACAGCAAAAGCCAACAAGAAUCCAACGACAAUGGUGUUGUCCACGGCAGCUACUCACUCAUCGAAGCUGACGGUAGCAGACGUAUUGUGGAAUACACCGCUGAUGACCACAAUGGCUUCAACGCUGUGGUACACAAGGAACCAGGUGCAGUAGCUGUUAAAGCUGUAGCUCCAGUUGUUGCCAAAGUAGCUGCCCCUCUCGCUUAUGCUGCUCCAGUUGCCCACGCCUAUGCUGCCCCAGUAGCUCAUGGAUAUGCUGCACCAGCAUACUACCACUAAGUUACUGAAUGUAAACGAGUCCUGUUUGUCUCUUUGUAUAUAUGAAUGAGUUAAGUUAUUAGUUCAAUAAAUACUGUUA